GUAACUGUCCAGAAGGGGCCCCCAUCGAAACUCACGCGGGAAUUUUCGAGAUAUAUUAUUCGCGAGAGAAGCUCGCCCUCCUUCCGCCGCGUGCGUGAUCCAACCACCCACAAUUUUGGAUUUCCGCCGUCGAUAAUAUCGAAUAUCCGAUACUGUACGUCCCUUUUUCCGUUCCGACCAUUCGAAGUCUCGAUUUCGCGGUUCGUCGAUGUCCGAAAUGAUUUUUUAAACGGUCGCAUGCUAAUAAGUCGUGACGACGCGCGCCCGGUGAAGAAACAAAUUGGCGGAGACGAGCGUCCGUAAUUUCAUUUUUCCAGGUGGUGAACCCGAGGAACUCGUUUCGCAGUCGCGUUUCGACCCAUCGCGAAUCGCUGGGUACGAUGUGAAAUUGCGGGGAAAAUUCUCAAUUUCGAAAGAUAUUGACGCGAACGAUCAGCACAAAAGGUGGUAAAAGUUCAUUCGGAGUGUUCUAUGAAAAGACUUCUGGGUGCUUUUCUGGAGGAAGCAGACAUCAUUCUCUUCGAAUUGACGGGUUCCGGCCCCCUUCAGAAUGUGGUGUCGAGCGCAGUUGCUCGUGUUACUGACCACCGUCAUUAUCGGAUAUUCUCAAGAGUUCGAGCCGGAUGAGAACACGCUCAAGGUGGGCAGGUCCAUCGACAUCUUCACGAGAUACGGCUACUUGAGUCUCAGCAUAAAGGUGGUGCCGAGGAACGAUACUUCGUGGAUAUUCCGCGAGCCUACCAUAGACAUUUUCAACGGGAUCGAUCCCUUCGCUGUGUAUCCUACGAGGAACAACAGGAAGCAGGUGUUCGAUGGCGACUUCCACAUGGAAUUCUGCGACAACCUGAAGCAGCUCCUACAAGCCUACUUCCGCCACUUCAUGUUCGAACGUCUGGACAAGCCCUGGACCGCCUUCACCGGAAGCUGGGCGCCGGAGACUAUAGCCAGAAACCUGGGCAUCAAUUCCUCCUUCAUCCACAAGGAUCACUGCUACAUCCUGGUGAGGCUGUCGAGAUUCAGGACGAACGCGGAGCUCAGCAGGGUGCCGAACAACGUCAAUCUGGUGGACGUGGUCGCCAGAGAGAUUGACAACAUCAAAAUUGGCGAUCAGGCUAGCGUUAUAAUGUUCAUUAGGAAAUACGGAUCUCACUACAUACACUCGUAUACCACGGGGAAUUCUAUUUAUCAGGUGUUCGUUUAUAGAAAGCCAGUAUACAAAAGAAUAAAGGAACGACUGAGUAAUAAGUCGGUGAAAAAAUUGGAGAGUAUGGACCUAAGGAAUUUUUUCAGUCCCUGGUAUGCAGAUCACAUGGGAGCCAUAAAAGUAGCAAGUGGCAAUUCUACGGUAGAAAGAUGGGCAUCUUCCAAACUUCGGGUCAACUACUACAUCUUCUCGUAUCCGAGUCUGCUGAAACUACACGAGGACAGUAAACUACUCCUCGGUCUGAACAGUCUUCUGAGAAACGAGGCCAUUUUAGAGCUCGACAUGAGAACAUUAGCACCAGCCUUCAAAGAUCCCCAGAAAAGACAGUGGUUCGAGGAAGUGUUAGACAAUUAUCUGAAAUUGUGGGAAAGCAACCUGUGAACGUGGAGUGAAGGUUUGUCGAACUGAAAUUGCGUCUACAGGGUGUUUUCCCUGUAAGAUCCAAUAUUGUGAAUACCCUCUCCAGUGCCGCAUACCAGACAUCGAAAUAUUUGGUUUCAAUCUGUGAUGUGACUCAGAAUUUUCUAUUGGAUAUAUUCGAAAUGACUCCAUCGAAAUUGUACCAACGAAAUCGUUUAUUCCUCAUGGUGAACGAUGAAGAGCCAAAGAAUUCAGUUAUUUACUGUUAUACUGACUGAUGAGCUCAGAGCUUCAGAUUAUGAUUCCUAAAAUGUGGCCGAGUUUCUGAUGAAAUUUCAAAUGGUUUACACGAAAAGACCCUUCAAACAACCGUGCAAUAAAAACAAGUUUUUUGUUUAUCAGAUUGUAAAUUCUGCUGCAUAAGAAAGAUUAUCGAAGAAUUGUAUAAUUUUUCCCAUUUCUUCCAUGAAUCCUUAUAUUGUACAUAUACAACGAUUUGGACGAGAAACAAGACAAAUAAAUCCCCCAGUUGUGCUUUGAUUCGGUCCUGCUGAAUUUUCCUAGUACAAGUGAACAAUGUAUUGAUACUUUUUCAUAUAUUUUGAUAUACGAUUCUUAUACAUUUUUCUAAUAAUUGAAUGCAAUCAUACAAUUAGGCUGUGUACAUUUCGACAAUUAUACAUAUUUAUUUGUUAAGUAAUAAAUAUAUUGGUUUA